CAUACCGAACCCCAGCCUCUAAUACAUGGUGCUAUACCGACGGCAAGGGUUAGUCAGGGACUAGACCCCCCUAUAAUCUUACAGCUAUGUGGCUCAAGCAUCAGCCCGGCAGUAAGACAUUUUACCCAAGGGUAUCGCGCGGAUACUGCCUAAGUUUGAUUCUGUUAGCGAAUGUACUGGGUAUCUACUGUGAUUUGUUCGCCCCUAGGCUCGGACUGAAUGCGUCUUUUGACCCGGGUGACAUCGAUCAGCUUGUAGAAGAAGACAUCGCGCAUGUGAGUCUCAGUUAUCACCUCCUCUCCACUAACCCAAUCUUUCUGAGGGUGGAGCCCGCCGACCCAAACAUUGCUGAAGUUCAAAAUCCGAAGGUUUUCACUUUAACCCCAACCAAUGACAGUAGCAGCAACAAUAGCCUGGAAGUAAUCAAAGUGAAAGGCGUUUUCCUAGGACGCACAAAACUAACGUUUUCAACAGCAAACACUACUGCCGAAAACGCCUCGGUCAGCCGUGACGCGGGUGGUGCUAAAAUCGUAAUCCAUGAUACAUCCGGCGGCGGAGUUGCACAUGAUGGCUGGACGGCGCUGCCCUACACGUACGACGUGACAGUAAUAAGAGAGGAUGGUCCUCUUAACACAGCCUUUCUGGUGUCCAUUAUUGUGCUUGUGGUGCUCGCAAACGUCGCCAUGGGAUGUAAAGUGGAGAUAGCGGUUGUCAAGGAGAUCCUGAGGCGACCGUUAGCACCCGUGGUCGGCUUGCUGUCUCAAUUCAUCAUAAUGCCUCUGCUUGGACUCGCUGCUAGCCAGGCGUUCCGCUUUGACCCAGGUACAGCUUUGGGAUUGUUCGCCACGGGUUGCGCACCAGGGGGUGGAGCAAGUAACGCUUACUCAUUUCUUUUGGACGGGGACGUGUCGCUCAGUGUCACUAUGACACUCAUCAGUACGCUUGCUUCAUUCGCCUUCAUCCCCCUAUGGCUUUUCACGAUAGGGACCCGGGUGUUGUACAAGGACCAGGGGGUCCGGAUUCCAUUUGAAAAUAUAUUCACGUCUCUGAUUGGUCUAAUCUUUCCAGUUCUCAUUGGACUUUUGAUUCGCUGGAAGCGGCCUCAUUGGGUAAAGACCAUCUUGAGAGCGGUUACGCCGCUAAUGAUUUUGACUCUCAUCGUCAUUCUCUCCGUUGGAAUCUACGCCAACCUAUACAUUUUUAAACUAUUACGACCAGAAGUUCUUCUUGCCGGGGCCAUUUUACCCAACUGUGGAUUCAUUCUUGGCGGUGUGGCCGCCCUUGUUUUCAGACAGCCGUGGAAACGUGUCAAAACCAUUGCCAUAGAAACUGGUCUUCAGAAUACGGGAAUCCCCAUAGUUCUUCUUCAGGUGUCUCUUCCAAAACCGGAUUCGGACUUCGCCAUUGUGGCGCCUAUCGCCUCUGCAAUUUUCACUCCAAUCCUGUUAUGGAUUUGGUUUUUAGUUCGAUUUAUUCGGAAAAAAUGCUUCCACAAACCAAAUAAGCCGCCCAAGUUGUCUACGGAUGACGUGGACAUGUGCGAUCAUGAGGUGGAGGGAGAGGCUACGCUGUCCCAAACGCCGACACAUUCACCAGAACGAUCUUACGGUGCACAUUGCCCGGACAAAUCAGAUCCUUAAUGCCCAGACUGUCUGUCUGUAAAGCCGGGAUGUAGACACAGCAGGAUCAGACAGAAUUCCAACCCUUACAACCCUUCCAGGGUGCCCAGACGCAAAUUUGUACUUAUGGAUGGAGUCUCGAGCUUACGUUUUACAGCUAUAUUUAUCCGGGAAACCAAGAUAUAUCAUUAGUAUCAUCAAUGAACGAAAGAACAUAGCUGUUCUUCAAAUUCGAAGUUACAGAAAACACAUUAAUUACAUUCAUAAAUUUAUUUGCGUAUAUCAUUCGUUUUUUUUCCAUCCAGGAAUGGCGGUAAGUCAGCCAGCAUAGAUUAUAUGUGUAAAUAUUUUCGGUGAUGUGCUUAGUUUAAAAUACGAUUUUUAAAAUUUAAAAUACGAUUUAGUGCUCAUGUCCGGAUUCUGAGAAUUAAGAUUUUGACAACUUUAUCAAUGUUAUCUUUCAUGACAAAUAUGUCAAAAUUUUAACUUCUACUACCGUAAACUAAGCGGUGUGAUGAUAUUUUAAAUUAUGACUGAAGUCAAAAAUGGCUUUGUCGAAUCUGUCCUAGGUUUCUACUACAGCAAAUUUAGGCUAAACCUCAAUGGGAGCGCUGUCAACGUAUGUGCUUGUAUUUAUUUAUUUGAAUGUGUUUUACGCUGUACCCACGUAAAUGAUUGCAGUCACUCCACGACCUUCUGCAAGUUGUCGGCAGACCUCCCCCAAUACGGCCGAAUAGGAAGCCAGUACGGGCUGUACUUGAACUCACAGCGACCGCAUUGAUUGAUGAGGGGCUUCUGAGACAUUGUGCUGCGCUCCCAGGCUUAACACUCGGCCAGGGAGAUUCCCUAUGUUUUUAUGUUCCGUAUGUAUAAACGAAUAGAUCUGAACGAUGAGAUAUUAAUUAAUUUUUAACACAUUUUUAGGUGAUGGCCUUCCCGGGAGCCGUAUUGGCCUUGUCACAGCCCGUAUGUUGCCACUCUGUUUCACUGAAGCAUAUUUAUCAAACGAGGUAGCUAGAUCUAUGAUACAUCUCGAGUUAGCUAGGCUGCGUCUCUACGUACCCCACUCUGUAAUUACACGUAAAUGUUCUCGCCACGACAUGCCUGAAAUAUUGCCAAUGUGGCGUUAAGCCAUAGUCAUUCAUUCGUGUUAAAGGUGCGAGGCAAUGAUGACACAAAAGGCGUUACAUGGCCUUCUAAAGUAUGAUAA